AUGGCAUGGGAGGCUACAAAUUGGAAAUCUAUGUACAAACUACCUGACUUCAUGGGACAAGAUAUGAUUAGUGCCAGAAGCGAAUUUAUUGACACAUUGUGCAAAUACUUUGAGACGCCUAGGAAAGACCGGUCUGAUUCACUGUAUUUUGUAACCACCAUGGAGGAAGAAAUACGCGCAGCUGGCUUGAGUGAUCGCGAAACUGCAGGAAUACAAAUGCUACAUUUAUGGGCUAUCACCGCCAAUGUGUGCAAUGUUGCAUUCUGGGCAAUAGCCCACAUUGUCCAUAGCCCAGAAUUACUUGGCCAUAUCCGCGCAGAAGUAGCUCAAUCUAUAGGAACAGAUGGAGAAACGGUAGAUUUGAAGUACCCUACAGAAGACUGUCCACAGCUCGAAGCUUUCUUCAAGGAAGUCCUGAGGAUCAACUCAGCAGGAGCACUUGCACGCGAAUGGGAAGGUAAUUGCGAAAGGCACAAAAGCCUUACACGCAGUCAAAAUUUUCGACCCUUUGGAGGCGGUCAUACACUCUGUCCAGGGCGUUUUAUUGCCAAAAAAUCAGUUUACACCAUAGUGGCUCUUCCUUUUUCUCAAUACGAUGUUACUUUGGAUACUGACAACGCCAAUCAAAAGUUUUCACGCAUAGAUGAAGCUACGGCAGGAAUUGGAAAAAUGGCACCGAUGCCUGGAGAAGAUGUUAAAUUGGUCAUUAAGCCGGUGAGGAAUUAA